UAAGAAAUAAUCAAGAUCUUUUGAUCGGAACUCACUGUCGGCGUCACAGACAUGGCGCUUUCACGGCUUCGACAUCCAGUGCUCGCCAGAGCUCCGUCGCUGCUUUUCAGAGCUCGCCGUCUGUCCUCCGUCUCCUCCGCCACGUCUCUUUCUCGCACUUCCAGUGGACAAAACUCUUCGGUGGACAUAAAUGGCAUUUUGUUAAGGCCCACAUCCUUAGCUUUGGUCAAUGGAGUAUGUGAUAGCUCUUUGAAGCUCAAGAUGCAAAUUGGUGUACGAAAUUUUUCAUCUUCAGAUCUUCCUUCACAUGCAGUUCUUGGAAUGCCAGCUUUGUCCCCUACCAUGAGUCAAGGUAACAUUGCAAAAUGGAUGAAGAAAGAAGGUGAUAAGAUAGAAGUUGGCGAUAUUCUAUGCGAAAUAGAGACAGACAAAGCAACAGUUGAGUUUGAAAGUCUUGAAGAGGGGUAUUUGGCUAAGAUUCUAGUUCCUGAAGGUUCAAAGGAUGUGCCUGUUGGACAACCCAUUGCAAUAACGGUUGAGGAACUGGAUGAUAUCCAAAAUAUCCCUUCCACAGUUGGUGGUGGAUCAGAGGUUAAACCAACUCAACAGGAUAUCAAACAAGAAGAAACUGUACAGGAAACUAGUUCUGCUAACAUCAACACAGCAGAACUUCCCCCACAUAUUGUUCUUGGAAUGCCAGCGCUAUCCCCAACAAUGAACCAGGGUAACAUCGCAAAGUGGAGAAAGAACGAAGGAGAUAAGAUAGAAGUGGGAGAUGUGAUAUGUGAGAUAGAGACAGACAAAGCAACCCUUGAAUUUGAGAGUCUUGAAGAGGGGUACUUGGCGAAGAUACUAGCACCUGAAGGUUCAAAGGAUGUAGCUGUGGGACAACCUAUUGCUGUAACAGUUGAAGAUCCUGAUGAUAUUGAAACUGUGAAGAAUUCUUUUACUGGUGGUUCAGGGGUCAAAAAGGAAAAGCCAACCCGCCAUGAUCCUAAAGAUGAAGUUGGAGUGCAGAAAGGCAGUUUUACAAAGAUCAGUCCAUCAGCUAAGUUGCUAAUUUCAGAAUUUGGAUUGGAUACAUCAUCAUUGAAGGCAUCAGGUCCUCAUGGCACUCUACUCAAAGUGGAUGUUUUGGCUGCAAUUAAGUCAGGAAAGGUUUCUUCAAAAAGUUCUUCACCUGCAGAGAAGGCAUCUCCAUCACCUCAAAUCCGCCCACAAACUUCAGCUGUAGCAUCUCCUAGUCCAAAACCUCGCUUACAGCAAUCAGAUUCUUUUGAAGAUUUGCCCAAUACUCAAAUUCGCAAGGUUAUAGCAAGAAGGUUGCUGGAAUCAAAACAAAAUACACCACAUUUAUAUUUAUCUUCAGAUGUCGUACUGGAUCCUCUUCUUUCCUUCAGAAAAGAGCUUCAAGAAAAACAUGACAUUAAAGUUUCAGUAAAUGACAUAGUCAUUAAAGCUGUUGCUGUGGCUCUGAAAAAUGUAGCUGAAGCUAAUGCUUACUGGGAUGUCGAAAUAGGAGAAAUUGUUUUAUGCGAUGCUGUUGAUAUAUCAAUAGCAGUUGCUACAGAGAAGGGACUAAUGACUCCCAUCAUAAGGAAUGCAGAUCAAAAAACCAUUUCUGCAAUCUCAUCGGAGGUCAAGGAACUAGCUUCAAAGGCAAGGGCAGGGAAGCUUGCGCCAAACGAAUUUCAAGGAGGCACUUUUAGCAUUUCAAACCUGGGUAUGUUUCCAGUGGACCAUUUUUGUGCAAUUAUAAAUCCACCACAGGCUGGCAUCCUUGCUGUUGGCAGGGGAAACAAAGUUGUUGAGCCAGUAAUUGGAAGUGAUGGAACUCAGAAGCCUGCAGUUGUCACAAAGAUGAACUUAACACUAUCUGCUGAUCAUCGUGUUUUUGAGGGAAAAGUUGCAGGUGCAUUUCUUUCAGCUUUGCUUUCUAACUUCAGUGACAUUCGAAGACUUUUGCUGUAAUGUUCAAGAAAAUCUCAUAAAUUGAUUGUUGGGAAAUCAAGAAGUCAGCCAUAGUGGCGUAUGCCAUCAUCAUAAAGCUAGUUAGGAAAUUUUCAAAGAUCAUUCCAAAUUGUUCUGGGGAUACCCCUUUGCUGCAACGAUAUGUUGUGCCAGCUUGGCAUACAAAUUUUUUGUCAAAUCAUCGGACACAACUUGUUUAAAGAGAGAACCAUAAUUUUCGAUACU